UAUGUUCCCCGGCUGAAAUUUCAAGAGUUAAAAUUUCCCGGGUUAAUUAUUUCGUGCGGUGUAAUGUACUUAUAUAAGGUGCAAUUCUUCCCAUCUUGCAACGCUCGCCACGUCUUCAUCAGCCAUAUUGGAACGUGGAAAAAGCAGAUCGCAGUGAAAAUGAAUAUUUUUAGGCUUGUUGGGGAUCUUUCCCAUCUUCUAGCUAUUUUACUUCUGUUAUGGAAGAUAUGGAAAACCAGGUCAUGUGCGGGUGUGUCCGGCAAAAGUCAGAUUAUGUUUGGACUCGUCUAUAUUACUCGCUACUUGGACCUUUUUACCAAUUUUAUAUCCAUAUACAACACAACAAUGAAAGCCAUAUUUAUUGCCGUAGCGAUUGCUACCAUCUACCUGAUAUAUUUCAAGUUCAAGGCGACAUAUGAUAGUAAUCAUGACACUUUCCGUAUGGAGUUUCUCAUUGUGCCAGUUGGAGGACUGGCGUUCCUGGUGAACCAUGAUUUCACUGCUCUGGAGAUCCUGUGGACGUUCUCCAUUUACCUUGAGUCUGUAGCCAUUCUGCCCCAGCUGUUUAUGAUCAGUAAAACAGGGGAGGCCGAGACCAUCACCAGUCACUAUCUAUUUGCCCUUGGCUCAUACAGGGCACUGUACAUAGUUAAUUGGGUCUACCGUUAUUAUUUUGAGGGAUUCUUUGACCUUAUUGCCAUUGUGGCUGGAUGUGUACAAACCAUAUUGUAUUGUGACUUCUUCUAUUUGUAUGUAACUAAAGUGCUGAAAGGCCGAAAAAUAACCUUACCAGCAUAAUGAUUUAGUAAAAUUAGAAAAACUGAAAGUAUUUCUGAGUCAGGUUUCUGAGGUUUGAUCCUGUGAUGCAUGGGAAGAAACUAAGUCUACCAGCCUAGAGUAUAUUAUAGGACAAUGGAUGCCUGGCCAUUCUGCUGUAACAGCAUCAUCUUGAACCUAACAGUGAACACAAUGGCCUUAAAACAACACACUCAACUCAACAAUACUUAGGCAAACAACCGUGACCUCCAGACAAGCAACAUAGGCAAACAAUAGAAUAACUUCCAAUCAAAAUCACAUACUGCCUCUUAUCAUCCAAUAAUUGGUGAAAUUAUGAAUGAAAUAUGUUUUAAUUUAUUUUUUGAUUAAUUUGUUUUGGUGUUAAGAAAUAAAUAAAUGGAUC